AUGAAGCUUUCGACAAGCUUUAGUUGUCUCGUCGGUGUGCUGUCACUGAGUGACCUCGUUCGGUCGCGCCGAGUGCCGAAAAAAGACCAUUUGGCGAGAAGAUACUUCGCGAUUGAGAGCAACCUGCCACCACCAAGACUUCGAGAACUUCAUCCAGAAUGGCACUACGAACACGAAGUCCGGGGUCUUGAGGACCAUUACGUGUUUUCAGUGGAAACUGACGAUGAGGUUGUUAAAAGACACGAUGUGCAUGGCGGUUUGGCUGGCGUUGUUUCAUACCAUGCCUUACCGCCCAAAAAGCUUCAAAAAAGAAUGCCUGUCGACUCCAGUAUGCAACCUUUGCAGGAUGCCAGGGACCGCUUGUCGAUAGAAGAUCCCUUGUUUGAGAGACAGUGGCAUUUGAUCAAUACCAAUUUCCCAGGCCAUGACGUCAACGUUUCCGGAUUGUGGUAUGAAAAUGUUACCGGCCAAGAUAUCGUCGCGGCUAUUGUCGACGACGGGCUCGAUUUUGAAAGCGAGGAUCUUGCCGAUAACUUUUCUGCAGAGGGCUCUUGGGACUUUAACGACAAUGAUCCGCUACCAAAACCCAGACUUAGCGACGACUACCACGGGACUCGAUGCGCGGGUGAAAUCGCCGCUGUCAGAAAUAAAGCUUGCGGAAUUGGUGUUGCGUACGAUGCCAAAGUCGCUGGAAUCCGUAUUCUCUCCGGAGAGAUUACUUCAGAGGAUGAAGCCGCGUCAUUGAUUUACGCCUUGGAUGUAAACGACAUCUAUUCAUGCUCUUGGGGCCCUCCUGAUGAUGGACGCUCUCUACAGGGACCGGACGAACUAGUCAAAAAAGCUUUGGUGACUGGGGUCACAAAAGGAAGAGAUGAAAGAGGUGCCUUGUAUGUUUUUGCUAGCGGGAACGGUGGUUUGUUCGAGGACAACUGCAAUUUUGAUGGCUACACAAAUUCAAUCUACUCAAUAACUGUUGGAGCUAUUGAUCACAAAGGCCUGCAUCCUCCGUAUUCCGAAUCUUGUUCUGCUGUGAUGGUGGUAACGUACUCUUCAGGUUCUGGCGAACACAUACACUCCACCGACAUUCAUGGUCGAUGCAGUGACACGCAUGGUGGAACAUCAGCUGCUGCGCCGCUAGCUGCCGGUGUUUACUCCCUGGUUCUGAGCGCUAACCCUGACCUCACAUGGAGAGACGUGCAGUACCUCACAAUUAUGUCAUCCGUAAAGAUAAAUGACGAAGACGGCAAGUGGCAAGAUGGUGCUAUGGGGAGACCAUACUCACAUAGAUACGGCUACGGAAAGCUGGAUGCUUAUCGCAUCGUUGAUUUGGCUCGCAGCUGGAAAAACGUGAAUCCUCAGUCCUGGUUUUACCUACCAACCCAGCAAGUAACCAGCUCCACAAAUUCAACUGUGGAAAUUUUGGAGUCUUCGGUUCAAAUCGCUCCCGGGCAGUUGAAGGAUGCCAACUUCAAACGUGUCGAGCACGUCACAGUCACUGUGGACAUUGAGACAACUAUUAGAGGGCGUACCACCGUCGAUCUAGUAUCCCCAAGUGGGGUAAUCUCCAAUCUAGGAGUAACUCGAAGAAAUGACAACUCGCCGGACGGGUUCAGGCACUGGACUUUCAUGUCCGUCGCUCACUGGGGUGAAGUAGGUGCUGGCGAAUGGAAAUUGAAAGUUAGUACGACCGAUGAAGCAAAUACGGUUGUUCUUAACAACUGGAGACUGAAAUUGUUUGGGGAAUCCUCAGAUCCUUCAAAGGCUCAAAAAUUUGAGUUUGGCAACGACGAUGAAAGCGCGACUCCAGAAGAAUCGACCAGCACUUCAGUGUCUACAACCGCACAAACUUCUACCACUGCAGAAGUACAAGCCUCUUCCGCGGUAGCAUCGACUCUCACAGCGUCCGCAACACUCUCAGCUACUCCAACGCAGGACAAUACCGAUGUGAACAAACCAAAUCGGUUGCCACCUCCCUUCGAGGGGAUGCGCUAUUUUCUCGCAGUAUUUGCCCUAGGUGCUUGUGCUAUCCUGCUCUAUUUCUUCUUUUUUGUCAGAUCGAGAAGGUUGAUUAGGAGAACCCGUGCGGAGACAUACGAAUUUGACAUUAUUGACACAGACUCAGACUACGAUUCGUCACUCAAUGGUACCGCCAAUCCAAAUUCAGAACACCCCGAUGAUGGAGAAGCGAUUGAUUUCGAUUUUGAUCUCUCUGAUGACGAGCUCCUGAGGAGCAGUUCUGGGUCACCGGCUCCUGCACAGAGUCAUGCAACAAAUCAGAAAGAGAGAAACAUAGAUGAAGUGUUAGAGGAUGCUCCCAAUGGAACAGUUCGCGACUCAGAUGACAGUGCCCAGGGUAGCUCUUGA